AUGAUUAUAUCACAGUUUUUGUUAGAUUAUGGGCAAAGUUAUCCAGAGCUGUCAAACCGGCGUCUGCUCACCAACCGGCGUCACACACAGGAAGACCUGCACGUAGUCUGGCUUGACCUGGCAAAUGCUUUCGGCUCAUUUCCCCACCAGCUCAUCACGUAUGCCCUUAGCUUCUUCCAUGUACCACCAUGCGUCCAGAAUCUAGUAGCCAAAUACUUCAAUAACCUGCACAUUUGCUACACAACCCGGGAUAUCACAACCGAUUGGCACCAGCUCGAGAAGGGGAUAGCAAUGGGAUGUGCCAUCUCUCCCAUCCUCUUCACUGUGGCUUUUGAGAUCCUACUGAUAGGUGGAAGACAAAUGGUUCGAGGGGUCAGAGCGCAGACAGGCCAAAGACUGCCAGCCAUGAGGUGCUACAUGGAUGACGUCACCACCCUCCUCCAAACAGCAGCCUGCACAGCCAGACUCCUCAAACAACUGGAAGAACUACUAGCCUGGGCUCGCAUGAAGAUCAAGCCACCAAAGUCUCGCAGCCUGUCAAUCCGGAAAGGGACCAGGAACAAUAUCAUCGUCUUUACUGUGGCCAGCGAAAGAAUCCCUCUACUGGUAGAAGCACCCGUUAGAAGCCUUGGUAGGAUGUACACGGCAGACCUCUCCGACAAGAACAUGGCCUCAGCUGUCACAGCUCAACUCCAAGAGGACCUGCACAAGAUUGAUCAGUGCCCCCUACCAGGGAAGUUCAAGGUGUGGUGCUACCAGUUCACUCUGUUCACUCUUGUACCACCGCCUAAUGUGGCCCCUGAAACUCAGCGACAUCACCAUGAGCACGGUCCUGAAGCUGGAGGCAAAGGCCAACAACUACAUCCGGAAGUGGCUCGGCCUUCCUCGAUCCCUCUCCUCCACGGCACUGUUCGGGAGAAACGCCCUCCAGCUCCCACUACAGUCCAUAAGGCUGGGGUACAAAAAGGAGAAGGUGAGGCUCCACUUUGA